GUACGCUACACCAGUCUGUACACAGCCUGAUUGCAUAUCCUGUGGCCUUAUACGGGUUGCCUACACUGUGAUUUUACAGGCAGUGAACUCGGCUUUAAAAAUGGCGGAGAAGGAGGAUUCCCAGUCCGGUGGACAGAAAAAAGCGGAGGAGGAAGUGAUUGUAAAAACUGUGUCUCUGAAGCGGAACCUUGGUCUGCCCAGCGGUGUGGCUUUGAUUAUUGGUACAAUGAUAGGGUCGGGGAUCUUUAUCUCACCCCGAGGGGUCCUGGAGGGCACGGGCUCUGUGGCAAUGAGCCUGAUUAUCUGGGCCGCUUGUGGACUUCUAGCCACCUUAGGAGCACUGUCUUAUGCCGAGCUUGGAACCGCCAUCCCUUUAUCAGGGGGAGAACAUGCUUACCUGAUGCACACGUUUGCCAAGGGAGAUAAAUUCUGGGGACCUAUUCCAACCUUUCUGUACGACUGGGUGGGUGUGUUCGUUAUUCGUCCGGCCAUGUUUGGGAUAAUGUCCCUCAGCUUGGGGACCUACGCCACACAACCUUUCUACGGAGACUGUGAAGCGCCCUCUGCGGUCAAAAAACUCGUCACCGUGGUGGCCAUGCUUCUUAUUGCCUUCAUCAACUGCUUCAGUGUAAAGAUAGCCACGAAAGUUCAAAACUUUUUCACUUUGGCGAAAUUAGCAUGCAUUGGAGUGAUCACUAUUGGAGGCUUUGUCAUGUUGGGACUGGGCAAUACCGAAUACAUCAGCGAAGGAUUUGAGGACACAGUAGAGACCCCUUCCCUCAUCGCCAUGUCGUUUUACAAUGGCCUCUGGGCCUAUGACGGCUGGAACAACCUAAAUUUCGUGACAGAAGAGCUGAAGAAUCCGCAUAAAGACCUCCCUCGUUCCAUCAUGAUUGGCAUCCCGUUAACCACAGUCUGCUAUGUCUUAGCUAACAUCGGCUACUUCGCCGUCAUGUCGAAAGAGGAAAUCAUGCUCUCUUCAGCAGUGGCAGUGACGUGGGGAGAAAGGAUGCUGGGUAUAAUGGCAUGGAUUAUACCAGUAUUUGUCGUCAUGUCCUGUUUCGGAGCCGCUAACGGAUGUCUUUUCGCCAGCGGAAGGCUAUGCUACGUAGCCAGCAGGGAGGGUCAUAUGCCAGGAUUCCUCUCCUUCAUCCACGCGAACAGGCUCACUCCUUUACCGUCCCUAAUCUUUACAGUGUGCAUCGGUAUACUUUUGGUAGUUGGCCUGGGAAACCUUGGGAGCCUCAUCGGUUUCUUCAGUUUCGCCGCCUGGAUAUUUUAUGGCCUGACAGCGUUGUCAUUGGUCAUCCUCAGAUACACUGAACCGAACCUGCACAGGCCAUAUAAGGUGCCAGUUGUUGUGCCAGUGCUAGUCGUGAUUGCUUCCGUAUACCUCAUCAUUGCUCCGAUCAUCCAGAAUCCGCAGAUUGAGUUUCUGUAUGCCUUCCUCUUUGUUAUAAGCGGGCUGAUCUUCUAUGUUCCUUUUGUGUACAUGAAACUACAUUUGCCUCAUAUCGAUCGUUUCACUAGACUGAUCCAGAUUCUAUUUACCGUCGUUCCACCCAGGCACCGAACCGAUGUGCCAUGAUAUGUCCCUGAACAAGGUCUGAAAUCUGCAGGAAUAUAUACAGCUAUACAACUGCCAAUCAUCGUGAAGAAGCUGAUCUGGCGGGAGGCUGAUGUACCUAGAAACUGUUUCCCUUGCGUCACAAGUGAACUGUUACUAGGUAACAGGAAAUGACUUUAUAAGGCGUUCAACUAUUUUCAGCUGAAUAUCUACCGUCAGCUAUUUUCAGCUUAAUAUCUAUGAAUCUUUUCCUCUGGUGGAGGAUUAGCGGACGUUUUGUUCUCAGCUUACCAUAUUUUGUCUAUUCACCGUAUGUACAGCGGUCAGGUAUUUUAUCAUCUAUAUAACUUUGUGUGUUUUUCUUUCGCUGUGGAUGAUGGCCGAUGUUUUGUACUCAGCAUACCGUAUGUUGUCAACAGUGUGUUAUUUUCCAGAAGAUGAUGGCAGUUGUUUUCUUUCCCAGCCUGUACCGUGCAUUAUCUAAUUUUGCUCACAGUAUCAGUAAUGUACUGUGCUGCUCUUCUAUCGUGGAGGAUAGUGAAUGUUUUGUACUUCACAUCUACCGUGCAUUAUCUAUAUUUAUUCACGGUAUCGACAUCGGUAUACCGUGCAUUAUACUUAAUUUACCGUGUCAGCAUCAUAUUGCCUUGUCGUACCGAUGGUUGUGAAGGGUGUUUUGUAUACUCAGCAUAUACCGUGAAUUAUACUGCAUUUACGGUAUCAGCAUAGUAUUACCUUGUCAUACCGAAGAUUAUGAAGGGUGUUUUGUAUACUCAGCAUAUACCGUGCAUUAUACUGCAUUUACGGCAUCAGCAUCGUAUUACCUUGUCAUACCGAAGAUUAUGAAGGGUGUUUUGUAUACUCAGCAUAUACCGUGCAUUAUACUGCAUUUACGGCAUCAGCAUCGUAUUACCUUGUCAUACCGAAGAUUAUGAAGGGUGUUUUGUAUACUCAACAUAUGCCGUGCAUUAUACUUCAUUUACGGUAUCAGCGUCGUAUUGCCUUAUCAUACCGAAGAUUAUAAAAGGUGUUUUGUAUACUCAACAUAUACCGUGCAUUAUACUGCAUUUACGGUAUCAGCAUCGUAUUGCCUUAUCAUAGCGAAGAUUAUAAAGGGUGUUUUGUAUACUCAGCAUAUACCGUGCAUUAUACUGCAUUUACGGUAUCAGCAUCGUAUUGCCUUAUCAUAGCGAAGAUUAUAAAGGGUGUUUUGUAUACUCAACAUAUACCGUGCAUUAUACUUCAUUUAAGGUAUCAGCAUCGUAUUGCCUUGUUAUACUGAAGAUUAUAAAGGGUGUUUUGUAUACAAUUUCUAUAGAAAUUAAAGGAACAAGGAAAACCAGAACUGUUUUACAUGAUCAGUAUCGGGAAGGGACCUUUAUUUGUGAGAAACAACUAUGAUGUUUACUUUCAAGUGUGUUUUGAAAGAAAGAGCAUAACAUUGUAAUUAGCCUGCCAUGAGUGCAUUAUGCGCAGCACCAAGAGAGCCUUGAGAGAUUGCAACGAGCCAAGCUUUGUGCAAAUACAUGGCUUAUACAUUUUAAGCCUGCAUGCAAGAUGACACAUGUCUGGGGCCCAGCGUGUAUCACACUUACACCGGUAUACCCUUCAAGUGGUGUAUCAUAUACACGUACAUACAUCCCAUCCGGUCACGUUCUAGUUGUUCAGGGACUCUGUUGUAUAAUUUGUGUUAAUUUUUUUUGUGUAACCAUUAGUGUUUGGUUUGGGAGAUGCUUAUUCCGUUUGAGAGAUGAUUCAGAUUCAUUUGUGAGAUGCUUGUUUGCUUUGGGGGAUGCUUAUUUCAUUUGGGAUGUAUAAUUUUGGCGGUGUUAGCCUUCCACAUGUUUGCAUCUCCGCGCAAUAAUGUCAGAGCUUAUAUCAGCUAUCUCCACUUGCUGUGAAAAAAAAAUGAUGAAUUACAUUAGACGUAUUUACUUCUUUCCUGCUAACAAUUCACACAAGAAAGUCUUUUUAUCAUUGAGAAAUGUUGGUCUGCCGUGAAUGAAGCUUACUUGAGGUCGUACAUACUAACAUGUGCUUGAGCCUCGUACUUUGUUGUAAAUCAUGUAAGACCAGGCAUAGGAGAAGAUUGUCGGAUGUGGGCGCUAUUUUCAGGUCAUGGAAAUCACUUGAUCGUGGGUUCGA